AUUGUUUCUAUCGGAAAUUUGUCUUCGAAUUUUACGGUUUAUUGAUCGAAUAUUUAUUUUUCUUCUAAUUCAUUCACUAUUGUGUAAAGCCUACUCACAAUGCAGCGCGAAGAGAAGCAAUUAGAUAUGCUACUGGAAGCCGUUCUCAAUCGGUUGAACGACUUGAAGCAUUCCAUCGGAGCAAUGAUUCACCGGCUUGAAACCGAGUACGAAACUAUCAACUGGCCGACCUUCCUGGAUAAUUUCGCUCUGAUUUCUAGUCAUUUAACCGGUCUUACCAAAAUAUUGUCAUCGGAGAUCGGAACUCCGCUUCGUAAUCUGACGGUACUUCCUCUGCUGCUGACGCCAGAGCGAGAUGAAGCUCUGCUACAAUUAACUGAAGGUCGCAUUCCGGUGUUUUCACAUGACCUAGUUCCUGACUAUCUUCGUACGAAGCCUGACCCAGGAGCCGAAUCACGCAUGGCAGCUCACGAAGCGAAAGCAAACAAUCUGCAAACAGAGACGGCACUAAAACAAGUAGCUCAGUACACUAAAGUUAUCUCGCAUGUUUGGGACAUUGUUAGCAAGGCGAAGGAAGAAUGGGACACGGAAGCGUCAUCUCGACCUGGUAUUCAGCAGACCAGUUCGAUGGCUGACACACAGGCACUGGUAGCUGCCGUUGGACUCGGCAAUGGUCUCAAUAUACCAGUUGGUCCUGGCGGUGUGCCGGGAGCAGGAAUUAUGAUACCUCCGGCAAUUCGACAGCCCUCACCGAUGAGUCCGUCCUCUGCUGGCCCCCUCGGCAAAAUGCCAUCUGGUAUCAAAACCAACAUCAAGGCGGCCAAUCAGGUUCAUCCAUAUCGAUAGAGGGCAUAAAAUAAAUUAAAG